AUGGAUUUGGGUGAUUAUGAAAAAAAAUUGUCAACUACUGGUCCUCACAGCAAACAGUCAUUUCUUAGGUAUUAUUUGAACUAUAAGAAGAGUGGAAGACCUGAAAGUGUUAUGUUCUAUAGUAAUGGAAAUUGGUUGGACUAUUCUAGAGAUCUUGUUAACUUGGUUAAGAAUCGUUUUGAAAUGAAAAAGCCAAUUGUGGAAAUAGGUUUAAAUGGUUGUGAUUUUAUCCUAGAUUUUUUAUCCAUGUGUCAUGUGGACUUGAAAACGGGUCUGCAACGACCUAUAGCAUGGAUUGAUGAGGCAGGGGGAUGCUUUUUCCCUGAAGUCUAUGCUACUUCUGAUGAAGAAUCUUAUGACUUAUACAAACAUUUGGGUAUGAAAUUACGUAUAGGAGUCGAUGUGAACAAGGUUGAUGUAUCCAGGUUGAGGGAGUGUAGUCGGGAGUCCAAUGGCAGGGAAGCCAUUCUGCAAAGUCAUGGAGGUUUAGUUUCUUUCAUUGAAUUUGUACAAGGGAAAUUGGAUUUGGAUUUUGUACAAGAGACGUUCUUUAACGGAAUGAGUAGUUUUGGCAAUACUAAUUUUGAGAUAGUCGAAACAUAUCGUUGCAUAGGUGCAUCAAUGCAAGCACGGUUGGAGCUAUUUCAAACACAAGCUGAAAUUACAAAAGAAUUUCAUGGGGAUGCUAAUAUUCGAUAUGCUUGGAUUUCCUUUUCUAAAAGAGAACUAUCUACAAUGAUGGACUAUGGACUUGGGCAUUGUGCACUAUUUGCAACCAAACGCACAUAUGGUGCUGGCGUUCAUCUUGCAGAUGUUACCUGCCCUUAUGCCAGUGCUCGUUAUUGUGAUAUUGAUGAAGAUGGUGUUCGAUACCUAGGCCUUUGUUGCGUAAUAAUGGGGAACAUGGAAGUUCUUCAUCCUAGAAUUGGCACUGGGUGUGGUCAGUUUCGACCCAACAACUGUGAAUAUGAUAAUGGAGUUGAUGACCUCCAAUGCCCAAAAUACUAUAUAGUAUGGAACUUCAAUAUAAAUACUCACAUAUAUCCAGAAUUUGUUGUUAGUUUCAAGGUCUCUAGGGAUGUUGAAGGACAUUUUAAAGGAACUUUGGGAGAAAAUAAUGAUUUUAUUUUUAAUUCCCUUGACGCCAAUUCGGAUGAUCAUGGUUCUAGCGACAAGUUACAUUCAACCUCGUCAAUAGAUAAUGGAAUAGCUGUUAAUGGGGUCGCUAGCACCCUAAAUAUUCCAAAAUCUCUUUGGCUUCCUUUUCCUAUGCUUAUUGCUGCUAUUAGUGACAAUGUUUCUUCCAGUGACAUGAGUCUUAUCAGUGCACAUUAUGAACUAUACAAGGCAAAGCAGAUUUCCCGUCAUGAUUUUGUUAAAGAGUUGAGGUUGAUAGUUGGAGAUACUAUAUUGAGAGCUACAAUAACAAGUCUUCAAUUCAAGAUACCAUCAAAUGGUGCUCCAACCAAAAUGAAGGCUUAG